CCCCCCCGUCUCUCUCUCUCCCCCCACAGAUGGCCCUGGCUCCCCUCUAUCGGGUGGCCGACCCCGUCGGUCGGAUGGUGAGGGUGCGACAGAACCGGUCGGCGCACAGAGCCGUGACCCGCUACAGGGUCCUGGACACCUCCGGCCCCACAGCAUUGGUGGAGGUUCAGCCAAUCACAGCGGUGAAGCACCAGGUCCGGGUACACAUGGCCCUCGGGCUGGGAUGUCCCAUCCUCGGCGACCACAAGUACUCCAAGUGGAGCAGCCUGGAGCCUCAGAAGCUGCCCCGCUGGGUCCUCACCUCCCUGGGCCUGACCCAGCCGGCUGCUCGACACCUGGGGCUGCACCUGCACUGCCGGGCCCUCGUCCUCCCUCCCCCUCCCUCCCCGCCCCUCCCCCCAACCCCCACCCUCCUCGCCACCCCCCCUCCCCACUUCCUGCACUCCGUCCGCAGACUCGGGCUGCAGCUCCCCGACACAGAGGCAGACGUCCCGCCGGAGGUCGGCUGAGACCGGGGCGGCACUUUUGGGGGGAGGGGGUGGACUCGUUCCCCAUCUUCCCCCAUCCCCUCCCCCUCCCCUCAUCUCUUUCCCUCUCCCCUCCCUUCCCUCCCCUCACCCUCUCCCUCGCUCAGAAAUAAAUCCGUCAGCUCUGCA